CGCCCCCCCGGCCCCCUUCGCCCUCCAGAAGGACUCCCCGCCCCCACACGGCGCCCGCCCCCUCGAGCAGGGGCAGGGGCUGAGGAGCGCGUGCGGAGUCCCGCCCCCCAGACAGCGGCCGCGGGGGGAGCCGGGUGUAGACCCCCCAGGACCCCCCGCGCGGGGUCGGAGGAGGCCGCUGGGGCUGCUGCCCCCGCCCCGUGCUCCGGAGCUGGAGCCGCCGCCAGCCGCGGGAGGUGAGCGGGGCGCCAGAGCAGCCCCCCCACCACGGCCAUGCCGUCCAACGCCCGGGCCGGCAGCCUCAAGGAUCCCGAGGUGGCCGAGCUCUUCUUCAAGGACGACCCCGAGAAGCUGUUUGUGGAUCUGCGGGAGAUCGGCCAUGGCAGCUUCGGGGCCGUCUACUUCGCACGCGACAUGCGGAACAACGAGGUGGUGGCCAUCAAGAAGAUGUCGUACAGUGGGAAGCAAUCCAAUGAGAAAUGGCAGGACAUCAUUAAGGAGGUGAAGUUCCUGCAGAAGCUACGACACCCCAACACCAUCGAGUACAAGGGCUGCUACCUGCGGGAACACACGGCCUGGCUGGUGAUGGAGUACUGCCUGGGCUCUGCCUCAGACCUGCUGGAGGUGCACAAGAAGCCGCUGCAGGAGGUGGAGAUCGCAGCCAUCACCCACGGAGCGCUGCAGGGCCUGGCCUACCUCCACUGCCACAACAUGAUCCACAGGGACGUGAAGGCCGGGAACAUCCUGCUGACGGAGCCGGGGCAGGUGAAGCUUGGGGACUUUGGCUCGGCCUCCAUCAUUGCCCCCGCCAACUCCUUCGUGGGCACGCCGUACUGGAUGGCCCCCGAGGUGAUCCUGGCCAUGGACGAGGGGCAGUAUGACGGGAAGGUGGAUGUCUGGUCACUCGGCAUCACCUGCAUUGAGCUGGCGGAGCGCAAGCCGCCCCUCUUCAACAUGAAUGCAAUGAGUGCCUUAUACCACAUCGCCCAGAACGAGUCCCCCGGCCUGCAGUCUAGCCACUGGUCCGAGUAUUUCCGGAACUUCGUGGACUCCUGCCUGCAGAAAAUCCCCCAAGACCGGCCCACCUCGGAUGUGCUGCUCAAGCAGCACCGGUUCCUCCUGCGGGAGCGGCCCCAGACGGUGAUCAUGGACCUGAUCCAGCGCACCAAGGAUGCCGUGCGGGAGCUGGACAACCUGCAGUACCGCAAGAUGAAGAAAAUCCUCUUCCAGGAGGCGCAGAACGGCCCCAACGCCGAGGCGCCCGACGAGGAGGAGGAGGUGGAGCAGUUCAUGCACCGGACGGGCACCAUCAACAGCAUGGAGAGCAGCCACUCGGUGCCCAGCAUGUCCAUCAGCGCCAGCAGCCAGAGCAGCAGCGUCAACAGCCUGGCGGACGCUUCCGACGAGGACGAGGGAGCGGAGAUCGCCAUGAUGCAGGAGGGGGAGCACACGGUCACCUCCAACAGCUCCGUCAUCCACCGCCUGCCGGGCCAUGAUAACCUGUACGAUGACCCGUACCAGCCGGAGAUGGAGCCGCAGAGUUCCUCCUCGGCUGCCCGGCGCCGCGCGUACUGCCGCAACCGGGACCAUUUUGCCACCAUCCGCACGGCCUCACUGGUGACGCGGCAGAUCCAGGAGCAUGAGCAGGACUCGGCGCUGCGGGAGCAGAUGAGCGGCUACAAGCGCAUGCGGCGGCAGCACCAGAAGCAGCUCCUGGCGCUGGAGAACAAGCUGCGGGCGGAGCUGGACGAGCACCAGCUGCGGCUCGACAAGGAGCUGGAGGCCCAUCGCAGCAGCUUCAGCGCCGAGGCCGAGAAGCUGGCCAAGAAGCACCAGGCCAUCUUCGAGAAGGAGGCCAAGGCGGCGCUGGCCGAGGAGAAGAAGUUCCAGCAGCACAUCCUGGGCCAGCAGAAGAAGGAGCUGAGCAACCUGCUGGAGUCCCAGAAACGCCAGUACAAGCUGCGCAAGGAGCAGCUCAAGGAGGAGCGGCAGGAGGGGCCGGGCACGCCGCGGCGGGAGCGGCGGGAGCGCCAGGCCUGGCUGCUGCGGCAGAAGGAGACGCUGCAGCGCUGCCAGGCCGAGGAGGAGGCCGGGCUGCUGCGCCGCCAGCGCCACUACCUGGAGCUGCAGUGCCGCCAGCACAAGCGCAAGAUGCUGCUGGCGCGCCACAACCUCGACCAGGACCUGCUGCGCGAGGACCUGAACAAGAAGCAGACGCAGAAGGACCUGGAGUGCGCCAUGCUGCUGCGGCAGCACGAGUCGACGCAGGAGCUGGAGUUCCGGCACCUGCAGACGGUGCAGCGCACCCGCACCGAGCUCACCCGCCUGCAGCACCAGACCGAGCUCAGUAACCAGCUGGAGUACAACAAGCGCCGCCAGCAGGAGCUGCGCCAGAAGCACGCCGCGGAGGUCCGCCAGCAGCCCAAGAGCCUCAAAUCCAAGGAGCUGCAGAUCAAGAAGCAGUUCCAGGACACGUGUAAGAUCCAGACCCGGCAGUACAAGGCCCUGCGCACCCACCUGCUGGAGACCACGGCCAAGAGCGAGCACAAGGGCAUCCUCAAGCGCCUCAAGGACGAGCAGACGCGCAAGCUGGCCAUCCUGGCGGAGCAGUACGACCACAGCAUCAACGAGAUGCUCUCCACGCAGGCCCUGCGGCUGGACGAGACGCAGGAGGCCGAGUACCAGGUGCUGCGGAUGCAGCUGCAGCAGGAGCUGGAGUUGCUCAACGCCUACCAGAGCAAGAUCAAGAUCCACACGGAGGCGCAGCACGAGCGGGAGAUCAAGGAGCUGGAGCAGCGCGUCUCCAUCCGCCGGGCCCUGCUGGAGCAGAGGAUCGAGGAGGAGAUGCUGGCACUGCAGAACGAGCGCUCGGAGCGGAUCCGCAGCCUGCUGGAGCGGCAGGCCCGGGAGAUCGAGGCCUUCGACUCGGAGAGCAUGCGGCUGGGCUUCAGUAACAUGGCGCUGACGGGCAUCCCGGCCGAGGCCUUCAACCAGGGCUACACCGCGCCCCCCCAGCCCUGGCCCUCCCGCCCCGUGCCCCGCAGCGGCUCCCACUGGAGCCACGGCCUGCAGAACCCCGCCGGUGCCCCCCACGCCUGGCGCCAGCCCCCACUCCUGGCCCCGCCCCCCUCUGCCUGGCUCCACCCACCCCCCUCCGCCUCCUCGCCCGCCUCCGCCCCGGGGGGCCGGGCCAACCUGGUGAUGCUGCGCAACAGCCCCCAGCCUCUGCGGCGCACGGCCUCCGGGGGCCAGGCCGAGCCGGGCAUCAGCCGCUCGGCCAGCGUCACCUCGCACAUCCUCAACGGCUCGCAUUACUCCUACUCCUGAGCCAGCCGCCGGGGCGCGGGGCCGGCUGGGACCCCGGGCCGGGGGACCCUGCUGCUGAGGCCGGAGCCAGCCCCACGGCUCUCCUGGCCCCCAAGGCGGCCCCGGCCUGCCACGGGGCCUGCGCCGGGAGGGCACUGAACUCCGGGCUCCCUGCGAGCCGCCAUCGACCUCCGCUGCUCAGCGCCGGCAUGCGGGGCCUCGCCUGCAACCCCUGGGGCCAUGCCCGGGACAGACCGGGCUAUGGGGAUAGGCCUCCUGAGCUCUCACCUGGUGCUGCUGGCCCCCAACUGCCCCAUGGAGAGCGAUUCCCCACCACGCCCAGCCCUGCGGCCCGCCCCAGAGAAGGCACCCAUGUCCGCUCCUGUGACCCCGCUGACACCCCCAUAUCCACGCAGGAACACACCGGUCCCCUUCCCAGCCCCUCAUCCCCCACCCCCACCCGGGACCAUUUGAUCUUUGUUUUCAAAUCUCAUUUUUUCCUAAUUUCUUUCCCUCUUCCUGUCACUGGGGGCUGGGAGCCAGGACUCCUGGGUUCUCUCCCCAGCUCUGGGAGGGGAGUGGGGGCUGGUGGGUUAAAGCAAGGGGGGCUGGGAGCCAGGACUCCUGGGAUCUAUCUCCGUAUCCCAUAGGUGACAGGGUAAUUUUCCAUAUCUUCUUCCCCCUAAGGAGCCCUGCGGUACCUGGUAUGAGCAAGCCCCCAGGUUUGGGAUCAGGGUACCCAGUGGGGGUGCUGUGCCUGGCGGGGGCUCAGCUUCCCUCCCCAAUCAGUCAGUUCUCCCAGCCCCCUCCUCUGUUCCACUCCCAAGUUCCCCCUUCUCCGGGAGCAUCUCUCCAAAAGAUAGCAGGGGAGUCUGCCCUGAGCACUGCCCGGAUCAGCCCCCACCUUGCCACUGCGAGUGGGCUGCCCCUCUCCUGGACUGCAGUGACAUGGGGGGACCUGAAACUGCUUUUUCUAUCCCCUCGGGAUAGGGGAUUCUUGACACUACCUUUUUGUGGUUAUGGGGCAGCCUGGAAACACCUCCCCCUUGGAAGUGGGGUGUGUUGAUGCAGCGUUUCUGUCAGGCUGAGGGGGGAUGGACACUUCCUCCAGCACGGAAAGGAGAACCUUGAAAACACUGUCCAGUGGGAGCAAGGCCCAUGUUGAUCCGCUUUUCCCAUGUGGGGAGAGAAGCAUGAAAUCUAUUUUCCCAGGACGGCGGCAAAUCUUCAUACUAUUUUCCCGGCAUGGGAGAGUUUGCAAUACAUCACUCUGUGUGGUGGGGAGACUUGAAACCACUUUUUUCUCUGGCAGGAUGGAGAAACUUGAAACCCUCUUUCCAUGGUGUGAGAACCUUAAAACAUUUACUGUCCUAAAGGGGGAGAUCUUGACCCAAUUAUUCCCUGGGAGCUAUUUUCCGUUGGGGGGGGGGGGUCACAAAACAACUAUUUGCCUGCAAGCAGGAGGGGUGGGGGAGGCAAUCUUUAAGCACCCUUUUCCCUCUAAGGUGGCGAAUCUUGCUGAGCGGUUUCUGUGGUUUGAGGGUCAAGGAGACAGGAAAGAUUUUCUCCUUCAUGCCACAAGGGAAGCCUUGGCACAGAGUUUUUCCACAUUUAUGCAAUAAGAGGAAGCUUAAAGCAGAUUUGUCUGCUCUUGUGCCAUCGUGAAGGGAACUCAAACCGGAUUGUGUCCUGCCAUGCACUGGGGGAGAAGGUGGUUGGCGUGCUAGGGGGAGGAGACUUGAAACAGAUUUUUCCUCUCACACCAUGGAAAGGGAACUUGAAACAGAUUUUCCUGCCCAAACGCCAAUGCCCGGGUCCUCUUGGCGUGAAUUUCUGCACUUUUUUUUUUCAUUAUUAUUUAAGAUACACUCAUCCAGGACGUUGAUGGAACAACAACGGAAACCCUGAUUCCUCCAUUUCUUAAUGGAUUUUCUAAAUAACCACCUUGCCCAACCCCUAAUGAGGCUGCUCUUUACAAGGGGUCUGGGGGGGGGGACUAAUUGCUUUGUUCUGCUAACUAACCACGUGGCUUGCCUGUGGGAUCUGGGGGUGGAGGGCUCUGGGGCUGAUGUGUAAUAUAUAUUGUCCUCUUCUUUUUAACAGUCUUUUCCUUUUGGUGCCAUAACUCUACCUUGUACAGGUCCCUGCUCUCUGGCUCUCUCCUGUCUCUCAUCCCCCCGUCCCGUGUGGGUGGCGCGUGCGUGUGUGUAUCUCAUAUUUUCUUUUUAUAUAUAGAAGAAGGAAAAUAGGAAACAAAAGAGAAAUCUGUGUCCUGAUGGAAUGUAUUAAAAGAAAAUGAAACAAACCCAACCACUUUUUAAACCCUGCCAAGCCAGGGGGCGAGGAAGAACGGCAAGGGGGGCCGGUGGCGGCGGGCGCUGCCCGCACGGAGAGAAGGGGAAACUUUUAAUAAAAAUGUUGGAUAUUAUUAAAAAACAAA